UUGUAUCUAGUUGUUAUUAUUGCAACUGGUGAUAAGAAACAAUGGUUCUCGGCAUCAUAGGAAUAAUGGCCGGGGCCGUUGCCACUCCGCUGAGUGUAACUUCGGUCCCGACCUCUGCCGAGGGUGUGGCGGUUUCAACCGUAGGAACGGCGCAAAGCGCGGCUUCCCAAGGUCAAAAUCAAGGUCAAAACGAGGGCGAGGCGGCAAGUACAUCGGAUCCACGUUUGGCCAAGUUCACGCUUGUCGCGCGGUGCGAGGCCAAAUCUAAAACCCAAGUUGACGGCAAAUGCGCCGUUCUGCGCAAGGGAAAGCUGUAUUUGGACGACAUCGACCCCGACAAGAGACAGUUCCCCGACGGCCACCCGUUCGAUGGGUUCUAUUUGGAAUAUCCAUUCAAAAAAGGGGAAGGAGGGUCUCAGAGUCCUAUGCUUGGUCUUGUUAGUACGAUACGAAAGAAUCCACCGGAACUAAAUUGGAUCUAUGUCGAUGCCAAUACAUUGGAGCUCAAAUACGGAAACAAGACGCAAAGCCUUCCCCACAUCACUGGGCCGUGGGAUUGGACGGAUGACCAGGAGGGCCUGACCAUUGAGGGGUGGGAGGGCUUUGUAGCACUUGAGGAGAGCAGCGAAAUCUGGGCGCUUUAUUACGACGAAGACGACGAUCACCUGGCAGAAUUGAGGGGCAAACGACGGGUUUUGGAAUGCAUGUUGGACAGACAACUGCUUUGACAGUGUGGGGACGGACUUGGUGUACUCGAUUAUUUUUUGUGCACAGUGUACACGUUUUUGAUACAGCAAUUAAGAACUAAAGCAACUUGUGUACGGGAAUUCGCUACGAAGAUGGAUUACAGAGAUCGGCGGCGAAACGUUCCCUCCAACGCGGGCAAGCCAGCUUUUGUCCAUCGAUCACGCUACGCUAAACUCGACGGAAAC